GUAAAGAAAAGUAAUCACAAUUAUUUAUUAAGUAAUCUGAUUGCAUAAAAGAUAAAGUCUUACUUAAUGUUUGUAUGUGAGAGAGAGAUCCAAUGUAGAAAUGGGAAUCUGUUCACAAGCAUAAAUAAAUACGGUCAUUUUGCUUCUUCUAGUCUUGAGUCUUGAGAGCUUUUUGGCAUUUCUUUCGUCCUUUUGGGAAAAUACUUAAAACCAAGGAGAAUUCAUUGAAGAGGAAAAAAACGACUUAUCAAUUUCACAAGAGGAAGAAUGGGGAGAGCUCCUUGUUGUGAGAAAAUGGGGCUGAAAAAAGGGCCAUGGACUCCUGAAGAAGAUCAGAUCCUCAUCUCUUUCAUUCAACAAAAUGGCCAUGGCAACUGGCGAGCCCUUCCUAAACAAGCUGGACUAUUGAGAUGCGGGAAAAGUUGCAGACUGCGGUGGACGAAUUAUUUGCGACCAGAUAUAAAGAGGGGAAAUUUCACAAAGGAAGAAGAAGAUACAAUUAUCCAGUUACAUGAAAUGCUUGGCAAUAGAUGGUCAGCAAUAGCAGCAAAAUUACCGGGACGAACAGACAAUGAAAUAAAAAAUGUUUGGCACACCCACUUGAAGAAGAAGCUCAAAGAUUAUAAGCCUCCUCAGAACCCCAAAAGACACUCCAAAAAUCAUGAUUCCAAGGGUCCUACUACUUCUGAGUCAUCCAAUAAUUCUCAUCUUACUUUUAUUUACACACAAAAACACAUUAUUGAUAGCUCAGUGCCAGCUCCUAACUCACCCCAAAUUUCAUCUAGUACUGAAAUGUCAACUGUGACACUAGUCGAUGAUCAUCAAAUGGUGAUUAAGCAAGAAGAAAUGGAGUCGUCGGAGUAUUUUCCAGAGAUCGAUGAGAGUUUUUGGACGGACAAAUUAUCAACGGACAAUAACUGGAGUAAUACUCAUGAUCAUGUUAUGGUUACUGCUGAUCAAGAAUUACAAGUUCAAUUACCAUUUUCCAGUUUGAAGGAAGAAAAUGUGGACAUGUUGACUACAAAAAUGGAGGAUGACAUGGACUUUUGGUACAAUGUUUUCAUCAAGACUGAUGACUUGCCAGAAUUACCAGAAUUUUGAGGGGUCUAUAUGUCAAUUUUGGUUCUUCUGUAAAUUUUGAGGUAGUGGUAUCUAGCUAAAAGGUUUUAGGAAUUUUUGGAGUCGUUAAGUUUGAAACUUCGUGUUUGUAAUUUUCUUGACCAGAAAAUAUUCCCGUGUUUGGACCAUUUA